AUGAGAUGGGGAGCUAUUAAUACCAAUGGGGGCUACUCUGGAAAGAAGGUAGAGCUGGCAGAGGCUGCAAGUAAGAUGGGGCUGGACGUUUUAGCUGUUAGUGACAUUCGGGUAAGGGGCGAGAAAGAAGAGGAAGUAAAGUGUCGCCCAGGCGGCAAAAGACGCGCAGCCGAGGCGGUGGCGCCCGCGCGAUCAAUAGCCGAGCUGACGUUGGAGGCGGCUCGGCGUCUUGCGCCGCGGGAACGACUGCCGCCGCUCGCCACUCACCAGCCAGCCACAGCCGGCAUCGACCCGAGACACGCGCCGCCAGACCGCACGGCACCCAAGACGGGCACCGAGGCUAAGCGAGGCAGCCUCGACCCUCUGAAGGAGCGACGCGUCCUUAACCCUGCUGCUUUCCUUAAAAAACUACGCCGAACGGGCCUGCCGUACAAGGUGUACCCGGGCCACGAGGGCGUGCUCACGGAGAAGCGCAAGCAGCGCCGCAUCCGCACCACCUUCACGUCGGCCCAGCUGAAGGAGCUGGAGCGCGCCUUCCAGGAGACGCACUACCCCGACAUCUACACGCGAGAGGAGAUCGCCAUGAAGAUCGACCUCACCGAGGCCAGGGUACAGGUACCCCGCUGCGGACACCGCACACCCACACACCGGCUGCCGCUGCCGCUGCACUCUGCUAAUCCAAUAACGUCGGCGCGCGCCAUAGCCGCCGGCACAUUUUUCUGCCGCGCGUGA